AUGUCUGGAAAGGGAAUGAAAACUUUAUUUUUAUUUUAUUCCAAAAAUGACAUUAUUGGAGCCUCAAGUGAGGCACCCUCGACGGAGCCAACGGUUGAUGAUAAAGAAGAAGAGCAACAUUCUCCUAAAAUUCAAAAGGUCAAUGAUACCGUAUCUUAUGAUCCGGGAUUACGUCAAGCAAUAUGGAAAUAUCCAUAUAAAGAACAAGAUGAGGUUCAACAUCGUUACAUAGCAAUAGGGCCAUGCCAACCAAACCUCCAAGAAUAUCCAAGAAAUGAAGAUGGGCGUAGCUUUCGAUAUGAUUGGUUCAAGACUUAUGAUUGGUUAGAAUAUUCUGAAACAACUGACCGUGCCUAUUGCUUUCCUUGUUUUCUUUUUGAGAGCAAUUCCUCCCAACAACAUAAACAAGAAGCUUGGACUUCGAAAGGAUUUAUAGUUGGAAGAGAGCUAGAGAAAAAGAUAGUCAUUUUCGAGUGCAUGAAGGAGAAACAUGAUCAAUACAUUCAAAAAAUGAUUUAA